AUGCCUUUGAAACAAACUCAAGACAUAGAGGCAAGGAUCAUGAAAAGAUACGCCAAUUGUGAUGGUAUCGAGGCAUACAUGGUUGAGAUGCUUAAAGAUUCUAUAAAUAAAAGGACGUCUCCAACUGAUUUUGUUACCAAGAACACAUUGAAGUUGAUGUCAGCUGCUUGUGGUUUGGUUGAGAUCAGAUUACUAGCAGUGUCCAGGUUGGAAGUUUGGUUGCACAAUGCUAAAUUGAUGAAGCCAGCUCAGGAGUUGUUGGCUUAUUUAUGCUAUAAUUUUGGAACAAAGACACAGAAAGAUAUAGAAGUUGUCAUACAGUAUGUCAAGAUUAGACUUAAAACAAAACCGUUGUGCAACAGUUAUCUUAGUUGUUUGAAAGCUAUUGUUAAAGAAAAUGUUGAAAUAAUGAAUUUGUUAAUGAAGCAUACAAUAUUCAACGAGUUUUCGAACGCUAGAAACCCGAACAACAUCUCUAUGGUUGUUUUGAUGUUCCAGGAGCAACCAGACAAAGCUCCUGUUGCUUUAGCAGAAAUCUACAAAGAAUACUUAUUAAAUCGUGACGACUGUUUGCGUGCUUUGAGAUUAUUCCUGCGAGAACUCGUCCGCGCUUUAAGAUACGACGUCAACUUAUACCUAUUUUGUUUCACUCUUGUUUCCAAAGACAGAGCUUUCAACACCAAUGUAGAAAACUUCGACGCUCGUGACCGUGUACUCUCAUCCAUCUCAGACUUAUUCUGUCUCUGCAUGCUUCUAGGAAUCUCACCACAAGUAAAAGAAGCUUCCAGUUCAUGCUCUCGUGGAGAUAAAAAGGACUUGAAUGUUUUGCAAUCGUAUCAAUUGCAAGUGUCAAGGAUCCAAUUCGAGGCAAUACGUUGGAUGGAGAAAGUAGUUCCUGGUUUGUAUAAACCGCCUACACCAGAAUAUUUAGGGCACAUACGAAAAUUGUUGUUUUUAGAAAACAAUUAUGAGCCUUAUGUUAAAAUUGAUACUUGGCCUCCGGAGUCUGAACGCGGUUUGUUUUUUAAGUUGGUUGGUGAAGUUCGUGUACACCAGAACACUUUGUUGAGGUUGUGUAAGAUUGGUCAACAGAAAUCUUGUCCAAUGCCUCCGAUGGAUGCUUUGGAAAUCUGUGAACAGAUGGUUAAACGUUCAGGGGACCUGACGCAAGAUUAUUUACCUUUAAUGCACUUUGAUAAAGUUGAAAUAAUAGACAACUUGUUUAGACUGACACAAUAUCAUUACCCAGACAACAUAACUUUGCCUUACGGCUAUUCACCUCCCACAUUAGCUGUGACGGUGCCUUAUUGGAAAGCUUGGGGUAUUGUUUUAAUUUUAGCAGCUCACAAUCCAAUGUCUAUAGGAGUCGUUUGUUGGGAACAAUAUCCUAUUUUAAGGACUUUAAUGGAAAUGUGUAUCACGAACCAAUUUGUGUAUCCUCCGCCAACAUCUUUGUGCGGCCAAAACUUCCCUGAGGAACGCGAGAUAGAACGCUUAGAAAAACAGGAAAUAAUAGAACUAGAAACUCAUUUAGCUGCUGCUACUACCCAAAUGAAAAUUACGGAAGAAACGAGUCUUUUGGUAAACCAAUUGAUGCGUUAUGACCCUACAGGUCCUCCAAGAAAACCAACAUCAAACGUCCUGGAAAACUUAGCACUUUUAAACAAAACUCAUAACCUUGGUCACUUAUUCUGUCGGUCCAGAGAACCUGAUUUUCUAAUGGACAUCAUCCAACGUCAAGGAAACUCCCAAAGCAUGCCCUGGCUUGCAGAGUUGGUUGAAAACUCAGAAAGUGUUUCUUUAUUACCAGUCCAGUGCUUGUGUGAGUUCUUGUUGAGCCCUGCAGGAGGAAACCAGGAUAAACAUAUUCAAUUACUUCAUCACUUACAAGAACUGGUGACCAAUCCGGAGUGUUCACCGCAGACCGCUUGUGAGGUGUUGGAUUAUUUCUUGAGAAGACUUGCUUCUCCUCAAAAGUCAUCUAGGAUGCAAUCGGUUAAAGGACUCAAGAUGCUCUUGAGUUGUGUUAGCACAGAAGAGACAAGAGGAAGUGGAUGGCUGAUUAAGCAACUGCCAAUGGUGCCUCAUUUUGAACAUAUCCGGACGCAGGUAAUAACGGCCCUCAGAGCAGCCUGCCAAAUCGACAUGAUUCCUGAAAACAUUGUCCAUUAUCUUCGUUUCUUAGCUCAACACACCACAACUUGCUCUGAAGAAGAAAUGUCAGAGCUGGUCCUUGACUUGGCCCAGUUGGUAGUUGAAAGAGUAAUCCUAAUGAAUUCCAUCAUGACCAACAGAGAACUAAAUGAAGAAGCAAAAACUUCUCUGCUCACUUUGUACUGUAGCUAUUUGAACAGGGUAAAAAUCCCACGAGGAGAUGAGACUAAUGUGUUUCCUCAGGACGCGCAGGACGUGUAUUUGAUUAAAUGGAGUACAGGUGAGGAGUGUUUUAUGGUUUUGAAUGUUGUUCAUGCCAUGAUUUUGCUGCUGACGUACGAUGGAGGUGAUAGGAGUCUUAAUGAGAUGCUGCUUGAUGCUUGGUUUCCUGCAGACCUUAAACUAGUACCCAGAGGAUUUACCUAUGAUGCAACAACCAAUGAAAUAAAAGAGACUUCUCUCUAUCCCGAUUGGAUACUUUUGAGGAUGGUUCAAUCACCUGUCCAGAGAUUGGUUGAUGCAAGUCUUAGAUCUAUCAGACCAGUUCAACUGUUGAUGUUCAUGCAAUCAUUUGGUUACUCGUUGCAAUCUAUGGGCAAAUGUUUGAAGGUGCUUGAUAAUUGGGCUGCUAGCGAACAGGCAGCUUGUGCUGGACAGAUUAUGGAAAACGGUAAGCCCUUCAUCGGCAUGUGCAUAGCUGUCCAACACAUGAGAGGAGUGGCUGAUGGCAAAGUCUUCCUUCGAGUCUGCAACAUCAAAGAAGAGAAGUAUCCCAUAAUUUUAUUAAAACGUCUUCAAGAUAUCGACAUUACAUCUUAUAUUCACAAAAAUCCUGUCUUCUGCAAACCAAAAAUGCAACAAAGAUCUUUACGUUCUGUUCUCAAUGAAAUGUUGUUUGAACAACCAAAUAGUUCUACAGAAUACACCAGUUGGAUUUUGAGGAAAAUAGCCGUGGAACAGAAGGAAAAGACUUUGAGGUCCAAUUCUGUUUUGUUUCAGGUUUUGAAAUUUAUAAAAGACUUGGAUGAUGACAGACUGCUGAGUUUGUUUGUUGUAAAAUCUCCGUUGUUGUUAUCGUUGUUUCAUUUAUUACUAUCCAACAGCUCGGAGUUCGUUAAAGACUUGUUAUUCUGUAUUUUUCAUAAAGCCAUUAUUAAAACGAACGUGAUGUUUGACACCAGCGAAGUGUUGUACCGGUUGUUAAGAAACACCAUUUUGCAAAAUGAUGCGCCGAAAAGUGGUAUCAACACAAUAACAAAUUUAAAAACAACCCCUAUCGAAAAUUUGGAGUCUUACAUCAAAGAUUUAGUUUUAAAUAAGGCUAACAAUGACGUACAAGAUUCACAAAUCGUUGAUUGUAUUUGUUCCUGGUUAUUGGAAGAUGAUAGUGACCUGGAUUCCCAAAGUGACUUCAAAACGCAGAUUGAACGCAGUCAAAAGAACGGCAUGUUGAUCGAUUGGGUUGCUGCAAUCGAACCUAACAUGGUUAAUUCCAAUUCCAAAGUGCAAAUGGACUUGUUGUUUAGCAGCAAAGCUGAUAAAAAGGGCUUCAGACCGUAUUUACUUACUUUACUAACGCACCAGGCCAAUUGGUCCACGUUAGCACACUGCGUGAAUUUCCUACUAUCAAAAACGUAUUUAGAUUACGAUUCUUCAGCAGUUUUAGACUUCCUAAUGACUUUAAUAUCGAACCCAAAACUUUGGCAAGGCCGUGACAAAGUUAUUUCCAAACGUAAUCCUACAGAAGAUGUUUUGGAAUUGUCAAUACACAAAAUUCUGACAGUCCUGGAUUACGCUUUGCUUGAAGCUUUGUGUUUUUACAAAACAGGCACCAAAGAUGAUGUGAUCAAAAGAAUUGAUUUGAGGCUGCCUUUGCUUUUGCAUUGUAUGAGGAACGAUCAGCAUAUUGUCAAAGUUGUUGUGCAGUAUUUGUACAUGCAGCUGAUACGUAAAGACAUAGAAAUUGAAAGACGUAGAGGUUGUUGCACAAUUUCUGAUCCAAUUGUACAUGAUAAUGCCUGUUAUUGUUUUGUACCAACCUGUUGUAAAAUUGAUACAAUGUGCCAAUCUAUAUUCACAGCUUUAUCAUCAACCCCUUUACUCAAAGAUUGGCAUCGAAAGUCUCAGGACUUAGAUAUGCUGGCAAGAAAAGUAUCAGCAGUGCAUCCAAAUAUUUUGAGACACCUGUCGAUGAUUGCUAGCUCGUUGCAAGGCAGGAUACAUUUGGAGUUUGCACAAUUUAGAAGCAGGUAUCAUUUAGCUUUGUUUAAUCACAUUAUAGGUAUUUUGGAGUUGUUGACACCAAUGUUGUUUAGAAAAGAGCAUCAAAAAGAUCUAGAAAUCAUAAUUUCAUUGUACAUCAACUUGUUUAGAAGACACAUAAGUUUUAUCAAAGAUUUAACAAACUUAGCUGUUAGAUUCUUUAAUUUGUUACAAAAUUAUAUAAACUAUUGUCCAAAACGUGCUUUGGGUUAUAUAAAAACACAUUCCAGUACUCUAAACAUUGCAAACGGUGUCAGCCUUUUACACCAGCACAAAGCACAUAAAAACAACAUCGAAGAAAUGUGUUUGGAGAUGGGAAUGGUCACCAUGAACAUUCUACCUGUACAAGCAGAACCUUGCCCGAUACAAUUCAACACUUUAGCAAACUCUUUAUCAAAAGUGCAAGUUGAUGAAGUCAUAGCAGCUUUGCAAGAACUAGAUCACAUAACAAACAAAAAACCUGAAUUAUUAAUCAAAAUAAUAGAACCUAUUUGUGCAUUAAUAAAUUCUACAAGCCAAAAUGUACGUAACUUAAGCCACACCUUGUUGUUGAGACAUCUAAAAUAUUCACCGCAGAGUUUACCUUGCACAAAUAUAUGCUUUACAUCUUUAAUGACAAGUUUGAAGUCUAGUGAUCCUGAUAUUAGAACCAGCAGCUUGGAAAGAAUUCAGGAUUAUAUAAUAUGUUUACAAGAGCAUAGUUUGCUGAUUUUGCAAACGUUAUUUAGAAUGGGGGUGCAAUCAAAGGCUAAUACGAUGCCAUAUAUAUCAAAGUGUGUCACAGCACUGAAACUGCAAGAUGGAAAUUGAUACAAGAGGUUAAUUAUUAUAAAGAAACAUUAUUUUUAUUAAUAACUGUGUAUAUAUUAGUGUUGGAAAUGAAAUGUGUCUUUAGACAAUAUAGAAAUGCUUUAACUAAUUGUGGAACAAUAUAAAUGUAUUUUGUGUAUUUUUUUUUGAAU